ACCGGUUGCUCCUGCACAGAUGACCACUUGGGAAGGUCUUUACUAUGUAUGGAAACCUCCAUGGGACGAAUCCCAGAGGAUAUCCCUCAUGAUUUCAUUAAAAUCCGAAUUGAAAACUGCCACCUGACCGAGUUACCUCGAGGAGUUUUCUCUCAAAUGAGUGCCUUGGAGUUUCUCUGGCUGAAUUUUAAUAAAAUCACCUUGAUGAACAUCAAAAGCUUAGAUGGGCUGACCAACCUGACUGAGCUCCGGCUGCAAGGUAACAAGCUGACUUCAGUAACAUGGAUGGCGUUUCAGGACACACCAAAACUGAAGAUUUUGGACCUAAAGCACAAUCGACUAGACAUCCUGCCCGAACACGCUUUGAGACACUUACCUGAACUGACCUACUUAGAUUUAUCCUUCAAUCAGCUUAGUGUCAUAUCAAAAGAUGUCUUCAUUAAUUGGCCUCUUUACCAAACAGCAGAGAAAGCGUGGGGGAAAGAAGGGCUGGUCUCCAAUAUGGUUCUGGCGCUACAUGACAACCCUUGGUUGUGUGAUUGCCGCCUCAAAGGCUUUGUUGAAUUCAUCAGGGCGGUCCGCCCUCCCAUCAUUCUCAUGAACUCUUAUUUGAUGUGCUCGGGCCCCGCCUCCAAAGCUGAAAAGUUUUUCCACGAGAUCCAGUUAAAAACAUGCAUGAAUCCGGUGGCCUCUGCCCCAGAGACUAACAUCACUUUACCUCUCGGUGCAAAUGCAACACUCACAUGCUUAGUAAAGGCCAGGCCAGGUCCAACCAUUCAGUGGAUGUACAGUUUGAAGAUUAUAAGAGGAUUUGCUGCUACAGAGACUCACAUAGACGAGGAGACCGUCACCUCCAAGCUGGUGAUCCCCACUCUUCACCUGGCAGACCGAGGACUCUACACCUGCAUGGCCAACAACUUUAUUGGCAACUCCUCCGUCAGCAUCACAGUUAACAUCAAUUCAUCCAAUUCCUCUGCUCCUCUCCCUCCACCUGUCCCCAUGCUGUCAUCUGAUGAGAAUGCCUACAUUGACAUCCGCAUUGCCAAGCAGACAGUUUACGGUAUCACCCUAGAGUGGUACGCAACAACGGACAACCCAGCAGAAACCUGGUUCACCAUCCACUUUGGCAAAUACGAUUCACACAAAAAGGAGAUGAUCUACAUUGGCCCCGGCAUCAACAGCUACACUGUCAGCGACCUGCUUCCUGUUACCAAAUAUGAGGUGUGUGUGACCCUGAAGAACCAUCCACCGAGAGAAGGCCAGUGCAUAGUGUUUGUGACGGGAAGUGACAUCAGUGAGCUGGAGCAAAGAGAGAGGCUCAUCCACAUUAUUGUCAUUGUUUGCGCCAUGGUGUUGGCAGUGCCGGCCGGCAUGUUUGCCUGCACUACUGAGGCCAGGUUCAGCUGCGUGGACCGCUGCAUGAAACUGUGGAAGAAGCACAGGCUGCAUGGAGAGGACCUGCAGGGGGCGGAGAGGCAAGGCACCUUCGACAGCCUGCAAGCGGCCAGCGAUGAAGGCCUGUGCAGGGACUCGGAGGAAAAGCCGAAAAAGAGGCGGAAGUCUGAGGACAGGUGCAAAGGAGGAAGUGCAGCUCAUCUGUACUAG